AUGGAUUUCUGUGGCACAGACACUGGUGAUGGCUGUGGUCGUUCUUUUCCGAACAAAUCAUCGCCCGGCCUUUGUGCAAAGUGCACCAAGCUCGCGAGCCUCACAGAAGGAUCACCCGAGUACGACCAGUGGAAGGGCUUCAAACAGUGUGAAUCUUGUGGAAUCGCUUGGAAACAUCUCGACACCUCCAAGUGUGGACAUUGUGUUAGGGAAUGGUGCCUAACCUUUCUGUUGUCGACCCACCACAACACCGUCGAGGUAUUGCGUGCUGCCCGAUCUCAUGCAAUGGAUGCUCGCUUGAGGAAGCAACCCGUAGCUCAGCAGCUCCAUACGACGGCUGGAUUGACAGCCGCUAAGAAUAGCAUGGCUGCAAUGAUGGAGAACAAGGUGUUCAUCACGGCUCAGUGUCGCAUCAAGAGUGCAUCAUUGAAAGACCAGAAGAAUACAGAUCCCACCUUCGGUCAGUGGGGAAAACCAUGGUCUCAAGGUGAAAUGGCACAGUUUUACGCCGCUCCCACUUCCGGCACCAAAAAAGCAGCCGGCACACAACCGCCACUAUUCAUGGCUCUCGAGUUGUACAUUGACCAGCCUAAGUUCAUGAUUCGACGACGUGCCAGACUCAAUCACAGCACUCUCAGAUUGCCAUCUACAAGUGUUGGCACUUCCGUUCGAAAGAGAAGCGCAACUACUACGGAGGCUAACGAUGUACCACUUUACAAGCGCCCUUCGACUCGUGAUGCAGCAAAUCUACAGCUAAUUGUGGGUGGUGCACUCGAAUCAACAUUUGUUCGAACAAAUCGCACCUAUGUGGCCAUCGACACAUCUGUUGUUCAGCUUAAGAAAGCUGUUACGACAUGUAAUGCAGAGACUGGUGAGGUCGAGAUAGCGUGGCCGGACAAUCUGGCGGCAUGCGGCGGCAUCCUUGGGAAGGAAAUUUUUGCGCAUGGUGCCACCAAAAAUGUGUACAAGUUGUCGAUUGGUUCUGACCUAUAUGUAGCAAAGAGAUUCUUUGACGUUGGUUCUGGUAGAGAAGUGACGGCGGAGGAGAAUACAGCUAAUCUAGAGAAUGAGCUGAUUCGUUUGAAAAUGGUUGGGUGGUUCCUUCAUAAAUUUAAAGCUCUUGCCAAGGAACACAGUGUAGAAUUCUCAUCAGGUAUCAUUGUUUCUGAAUGUUUUCUUGUUCACGAAAUUGGCACACCCUCUCCGGCUUCGUCACUUCCUUCUUUUGAAGAUGACUCUGCUGUCUGGCUUGUAGAGCCUCGUCGCACCAAGGCUGUUCGGAAGUACAGCGGAACACUGGUUCAUCCGAAUCGCCAAGACAAACUUGGACAGACACUGUCCGCGUUCGCCCACUUUCUAUAUGAAUACAGCAGAAAAGAGCUAGUUCUUGCGGACAUCCAAGGUCAUCUCACCGCUUCAUAUCCGCACAUACAAGACUAA